GGCUGCUGUGCACGCUCCCUGUCUAUUAAUUACCGCUAUUGCUGCUGCUGCUGCUGCUGCUGUUGUUGUUGUUGUUGUUGCGAUACACCGCUGCACCGCUCCACACUCCUUGAAUUCCUAGCUCCUCGCCCUGCACGCCCACGACUCGCUGCACGUUUCGGCCUCAAGCCGCCCUCACCCCCUGGAAUUGGCCUGCAUCGAACUCGUGCACACCGCUGCAUCGCUGCCAGCAGACGCUCCAAUGCAUCGCAGUCUGGCUUCCCGUCCGAAGACAUCCUCCGCUGCGAACGACGACACACACACCACGCCCUUCGACCACACCAUGAAGAGGACGGCGUCGCAAACCUUCAGCACGAGCAACUACUACGACACUGAGCGCUAUGGCAUGGCUCUCGACGCCGUGAACGAGGCAGAAAACAGCAGCCACGGUGAAAGUGCGCUUUCCAGAGCGCUUGGAAACCUCACAGGCACUUUCACCCGCCAAAAAAGCCGCAGGAGGUUAUCUUCUUUCUCGUCCGCCUCUGCUGCUCCGUCGCGCCACCGCAGAGGAUCCAUCCAGAGUUUCAUUGACAGCCUGCCUUCUUCAACCACGGCCCGCAAGUCCAGCAACGAGCAACAGCGUCUGCCCCUGCCACACACAGACUCCGGCAUCCCCUCGCUCCCUGUCCUCACGCCAUCCCCUACCAGCGCCAACAAGGGCUUUUCACUCAAGCGCUUCAGUUCUAUACGUAGGAGACCGGCCACAUCCCUUCCUUCAGGAGAAUCAUCCAAGACACCACAACAACACACAUCUCUCUUGACAGCUCAACUCAUGGGAGGCGCCUCUGCACGACAAUCGGCCGCGGCUGCCAACGAGAGCCGUUUGAACCAGCUGCGACGCGAACAAGAGCACACACACCGCUUCCUCAAUGGUCUCAUCUCCUCAGACAAGCCUCAAUUCUGCGAUGUAGACUUUAACGACAACGAGAGCGGUGUCGACAUGACAUGCUCCUCCCCCAUUGUUAGGACGGAUAGUGCUACCGAUAAGAAGAUGACCGAUCCGUUCCAGCGUUUGCCCGCCGAACUCGCUACUGCCGUCCUUGCAAACCUCGACGCAACAUCGCUCGCUCGCGCAGAACAAGUCUCACGCCACUGGCACGAGCACGCCGCCUCGAGCCACGUCUGGCGCAAUGUCUUCCUCCGCAAGUACGAGCCCGAAGUUCACGUUUCGCCUGCACCAAUUCAGAUGGGUGGUUCAGGAGUCGGCAAGCAAGCAAAUGGCAAGCCGGCUCCUGCGCAAGAUUGGAAGAAGAUGUACUCUGCACGAAGCACAAUCAACAAGCGGUGGAAGGCCGGUACUCCCGCUGCUGUCUACCUCAACGGUCACACAGACAGCGUCUACUGCUGCCAGUUUGACGAGAACAAGUGCAUUACUGGAUCUCGCGACCGAACAAUUCGUGUAUGGGACCUGAAGACGUAUAAGUGUGUCAAGGUGUAUGGUGGACCUAACCACCGCCCUACAAUCAACACGCCGUUACCUAUGGAGGAGCGUUCCGAACGCGUCAUCAGCCACCCCUCCGUCAACGGCACCAAGGCCGGCAACAAGAUCUACCACGUCCCUGCCGACUACCACGAUGCAUCGAUUCUUUGCCUGCAGUACGAUCACGAGAUCAUGGUCACAGGCUCCUCCGACUAUACCUGUAUUGUCUGGGACAUCACCGGUGAAGAGUAUAUUCCAAUGUACCGCCUCCGUGGUCACGAAGCUGGUGUAUUGGAUGUUUGUUUGGACGACAAGUACAUCAUCUCGUGCAGCAAGGAUGCCAUGAUCAAGGUCUGGGACCGCAAGACUGGUGUCUGCAUUCGCACGCUUAAGGGGCACCGUGGUCCCGUCAACGCUGUCCAGCUCCGUGGCAACCUUCUCGUGUCCGCAAGCGGAGAUGGUAUGGCUAAGCUGUGGAACCUCGAGACUGGUGCUUCCAUCAAGGACUUCCCAUCUGAGGAUAGGGGCCUUGCAGCUGUCGAAUUCUCUGAUGAUGCUAAGUACGUCCUUGCCGGAGGUAACGACCACGUCGUGUACAAGUUUGACGCCAACUCUGGCAAUCUCGUCCACAGCCGCGUCAAGCACGAAGGCCUCGUCCGCUCGUUGUUCCUGGAUGCCUUCAACGGUCGUAUAGUAUCCGGCUCGUAUGAUCAGAGCAUCCAAGUUUCCGAUUACGAGACGGGGGCGACAUAUGCUGUGUAUAAGAACUGGACAACGAGCUGGAUACUCUCCGCAAAGAGCGACUACCGACGUGUGGUCGCCACCAGCCAAGAUGGCCGCACAUUGAUUCUGGACUUCGGUCACAACGUGACUGGAUCUGAGUUGCUUGUUGGAGAGAAGUAAGUGAGUGCCCGCUCGCUCACAUCUGUCUAACAGCAGCACUAGCCUCGCCAUCAUGUGCCUCGCCACGCAGCGAUCCGUGAUGAAGAGGUACGGGAGAAUAUCCAGCUGGAGUAUCUGGCUAAGCUCGGCCUGGGUCCCAAGAAGUCCGACACGGCCAU